CUCUGCGAUUUUCAAUUCAAAUAAAAAAUUUGAAAACACCAACUAAACCCUCACAGAGAGUGUUCGUGUAUCUGAACUUCUAACUUUUUAUCUAUGUUGAACUUUCCGUUCAAUCUCAAAUCAUAACUACUCAAAUUCGUCGAUUCGGUGUUUUGUUCUUCAAUUCCACUUUCAGAAUGCUGAGGGAUUCGAAAAUUCCACGCCGGAAUCCCGGCAAACAAGAAGUUGAAAAUGUGGAUCCGUCGGAUUCCUGGUCGUCCGGGACAAAUCCGAGAUGCACCGAAGCUUCCAGGCCUCCAUUGAAUACGAUUCAAGAUACUGACGCGAGUUGCGGAAGCAGUAAGUUUGACAAAACUCCAUCCAAAACCAACAAGAGGAAAGUAGGACCUGAACUUCGUACUCCUGAAAAGAGCUUGCAUUGGAAACACAGGUUCGCGUGGCCUCAGAGAAUCGAAACGGUUUCAUCUAUGAUUGAUGAUAGAAGAGGAUCUGGUAUUGGAAAUGGUACUCCGAAGGUAAAUCGUACUGGAAGGGCUUGUUCUGAAAGCAAUUCGACGCAGAGCACUCCUACCAAGAGUGUGACUAAGCCUCCUCCUCCUAGCUCGAGUGUUCGAGGUAAAGCUGAUGGAAGCUUCGGUGCUCGUUUGGGAAACUAUGUUGCAUUGUAUAAAGGUGUUUCGAGUACAUCUUGUACGCCGCCUACGGUUGUUAACACGGUUGAAGUACCUCACUUCGAUCUCAAAGAGGAUUCUUCAUUUUGGAUUAAUCACAAUGUACAGGUAAUUAUUCGUGUUCGUCCUCUCAAUAGCAUGGAGAGGAGUAUGCACAGCUAUAACAGAUGCCUAAAACAAGAAGGCUCUCAGUCCAUUACUUGGAUUGGGCAACCGGAAAAUCGGUUCACGUUUGAUCACGUUGCAUGUGAAACAGUAGACCAGGAUAUGGUUUUCAGAAUGGCUGGUCUUCCAAUGGUUGAGAACUGUCUUUCAGGAUACAAUAGCUGUAUGUUUGCAUACGGACAGACAGGAAGUGGGAAAACAUAUACAAUGCUUGGUGAAAUUGAAGAUUUAGAUGUGAAGCCCAGUCCUCAUCGUGGAAUGACUCCUCGUAUAUUUGAGUUUUUGUUUGCCAGGAUUCAAGCUGAAGAGGAAAGCAGAAGAGAUGAGAACUUAAAAUACAAUUGCAAAUGUUCCUUCUUGGAGAUUUACAAUGAACAAAUUACAGAUCUACUUGAUCCCUCGUCUACCAAUUUGCUUCUGCGGGAGGAUGUCAAGAAGGGUGUUUAUGUUGAAAAUCUUUCCGAGUUUGAGGCUCAAAGUGUGAGUGACAUUAUAAGGCUUCUAAUUCAGGGAUCGGCAAAUAGAAAAGUUGCAGCUACAAACAUGAAUAGAGAAAGCAGUAGGUCCCACUCUGUUUUUACAUGUGUAAUCGAGAGUACUUGGGAAAAGGAUUCUACUACUAAUUACCGUUUUGCAAGAUUAAACCUGGUUGAUCUAGCUGGUUCAGAAAGACAAAAAACUUCUGGUGCUGAGGGUGAGCGCUUAAAGGAAGCGGCUAGCAUCAAUAAGUCCUUAUCUACCUUGGGUCAUGUCAUUAUGAUACUAGUGGAUGUUGCAAAUGGGAAGCAGAGGCAUAUCCCUUACAGAGACUCCAGGCUAACGUUUCUUCUUCAGGAUUCUCUUGGUGGAAACUCGAAAACAAUGAUUAUUGCCAAUGUCAGCCCUUCUAUCUGCUGUGCUGCUGAAACUCUGAAUACCCUUAAAUUUGCUCAGAGAGCAAAAUUGAUUCAAAAUAAUGCUGUGGUGAAUGAAGAUUCUAGUGGGGAUGUAAUUGCUUUAAAACAUCAAAUUCGGCUUUUGAAGGAGGAGAUUUCUAUGCUCAAACGGUGCCAGAGUGUUUCCAGGUCAUUGUCAUUCAGAGAUAUAAAACAAUCAGUAGAAGACUACUCCUUGGAAAAUGAAGCUGACAUGGCUCAACAACAUGAUGAUGAUAUGUUUGAUUAUGAAUCCAAGGGCACCAGAAUGUCUCACAAACAGUUUGAGUCACUGCAGACAACUCUUGCUGGUGCUUUAAGAAGGGAGCAAAUAGCAGAAACUUCUAUUAGGCAACUAGAAGCAGAAGUUGAACUAUUGAACUCUUUGGUUCAUCAAAGAGAGGAGGAAACUAUGAGUUGCAAAAUGAUGCUUAGGUUUCGUGAAGAUAAAAUACGUCGAUUGGAAUCUCGAGUUCUUGGCUCUAUUACUGCAGAUCAAUUUUUGCAGGAAGAUAACAAAGCACUUUCUGAUGAGAUUCAGUUACUUCAGGGCAAAAUUGAUCAAAAUCCUGAAGUUACACGAUUUGCUAAGGAGAAUAUCAGGCUUCAAGAACAGCUUAGAAGAUAUGAAGAGUUCUAUGAAGAAGGGGAGAGAGAGAUUUUAUUAAGUGAAGUAUCUUCUUUAAGGGAACAGUUGCUUCAGUUUCUUGGAGGAAAAUCUGUUCAGGGUGAUUCAAGUUAUGACACUCAACCUCAGAAAACUCAGUGUUGCAGCAAACAAAAUGACUCCAUUGAUGUAGAGCUACGAAAUGCUCUGGAUAAGUUAGAGGAGUACAGGCACAACUUAAAUUGUUGCUUAGAGGAGAAUGCAAGACUCAGUAGGGAAUUAGACUCUUUGCAGUCAAUGUUCAACAACAAAAAUGCCACAAAGGUUUCUCCACCUAAGAUGUCGGUUAAGCAUGAACCUCAACUGUUAAAAGAGACCGAUGAUAUCUUGGAUUUGCACCUGGAGUUAGAUGUAAUAAAGAUAAUUCUGAAGGAAGAGAGGACUUCCCGAGGUAUAUUGGAGGAGGAAGCAACACGCUUAAAUCAUGAAAUUGUAAUGGAAAGAGACAAGCUUUUGCAGGCAAACAAACAAUUAGAAGAUACAGAUAAUGAACUGAAAGUUGCUAAGUCUGUAAUCGAAGCUCUUGAAUCACAACAAAUUUUAUCAAUCAAAGAGAUAGAAGACAUGCAAAACAAGAACAACAGUUCUCUGGAUCUUGUGAGGAAACAAGAGCGGGAGAUCACUUCCUUAAAGAAUCAAUUUGCACCUAAAGGUUUAAGAGACAGUUUAUCUUCAAAUCAUCCAAAGGUUGAUAACGAGUCCCCCUUACAAGUAAGGUUCAGAAGGAUGCAUGAUUCUCUUGAAAAAGCCAAGCAACUGAACAUGUUUUACCAAAGUGAUCGUGCACUCCAGAUAUCGAAUGAGGAAGAGAUGGACGAAGUCCGUCGGCAGGCUGAGGCUGAAACUGCCGAGGUAAUUGUCUGUAUGCAAGAAGAGCUUGCCCAGCUACAACAUCAAGUAAAUGAUAGCCAUCAGAAGGAAAUUGAAAUGAAGGAGAGUAUACUGCAUUUAGAAACUGAAUUGAAGGAUGUGCAAGAAAAAUUGCUUACUACUGUUGAUGAUAACCAAAGUUUUAGUGAAGAGCUUUGGCAGAGAGAUAAUGAACUCAAAUCACUUGUUGAAGAAUGGGAAUUGUUAACCUCUGAGAUUGAAGAGAUUCUUGGUGAUGGAUGUCAGGCACUAGAUGAUGCCUCUGAUGAACUGGGGCAUAUAAGCAAUUCACUUCCACAGAAAAGGAUAUGGAUUUCUGAACAAGUUAGCAUGAUGGUUAGAAAAAUCUCUGAGAAGGAAUUGCUGAUUGACGAGCUCGGAAGAUGUUUGGAAGAUGCAUGCAAUAAAAGAAGUGAUAUGGAGUGUAUGCUGAAGUCCUUACGAAGUGCAACACUGGUGAUUACUGAAGCCCACCAGAAGGAGUCAGCUGAACUAGAAAAAGAAAUUCUCCUUCUGACAUCACAAGUGAGUGAAAGAACAACUGCUCUGAAACAGAUGGAGGAGCAGUUGAUAUUGGCUGAAGACCAAAUCCGAAGAACAUCAACUUGUGCAACAGUGGCUUUUGUACUUGUGAAUAGACUGUCAGAUGUGAAUGAUGGUUAUCUUGUUGAUCUAAAGCACAAGGAUAAUCUGCUUGUUGAACUAGAAAAAGAAAUUCUCCUUCUGACAUCACAAGUGAGUAAAAGAACGUCUACUCUGAAACAGAUGGAGGAGCAGUUGAUAUUGGCUGGAGACCAAAUCCGAAAAACAUCAAGUUGUGCAACAGCGGCUUUUGUAGUUGUGAAUAGAUUGUCAGAGGUGAACGAUGGUUAUCUUGUUGAUCUAAAGCACAAGGAUAAUCUGAUUAAUGAACUAGCAGAAAUUAAUGACAAGAAGGACGCCGUUGUAAUUGAUCAAUCCACUUCCCUUGAACAAGCAAAGAGGCAGAUAGCUGAGUUACAGGAAAAAUGUGACAACUUAUGGCAGAAGCUGUCUGAGGAGAAAGAACACUCUUUUGCUUUGGAACAUAAACUUGAAGAUAUUGAAAAGAGUGUCAUUUCAGAGACUAGGGAGCAACUAGUAACAUUACAAGAUGGCGUCUCCUCAAUCAUGUCAUCUAUGGCCUCUUUUGCAGAUAAUUCCAACUGUCUUGAGAAUGGUGGAUCAAGGACAAGUUCUGAAACAAAUCAUCAAGCAGCUGAGAUGGCUGACUUAUCCUUUAAAUUGGCCAAACCUGGAUAUGACAAGAAAGACAGUAAAGCAAGAAAAGUUUCCAAGGAUGCAUGUGAAAGAGAUGUUACCAUUUCUCUGUUGAGAAAAGAAAUAGAAUGUGCUCUUGAAAGCUUAAAAGAAGUUCAAGAUGAGAUAGCUAAAUUACAUGAAGAGAAAAAAGAGAUGUCAAUAUAUGAAAAGCAAAGUCGGGAAAGUAUCAAGUGUCUCACAACUCAGAUACUUGCCCUGCAAGCAGCUAUGGGACACUUUGAAGAGCAAUCCGAAGUUAAGGUCGAAGUACUCAGUUACAAACUCAGGAACCUGGAGAAAACUCUAAAAGAAGCUAUGUCCUAUUGGAAUGAAACGAAAGAGUUGCUUGAACUAGAAGUUGGGGAGGCAAAGAUCGUUCAAGUUCAAAAAGCUGAAGAAACAUACUGUAUUCUUGCUAAAUUUGAAGAAGCCCAAGAGACAAUGAAAGAAGCAGAUAUUAUGAUCAAUGAAUUAGUGAUAGCUAAUCAGUCAAUGAAGAUUGAUAUAGACAAACUGAGAGAAAGAGAAAUCACAUUGCUCAGUGAGAAAGAUGUAUUAUUCAACAAGGUUGAGAGCUUACACACCGUUGUCGAUUUGAAGAAUCAGGAGAUAGAAGACCUUGUUGAAUCAAAUCUUAUAGACACAAGGAAGUUAGUCAUGGAGGUGGAUGAUGUCAUUAAAGAGGUCCAGUUGGCGAUGAAGGAAAACUUUACCUCUUUAGCUUGUGAUAUUGAAUGCUUAAAGUCUCAAUUUAUAUGUUCCACUAAGUCGAUACAACCAUGGCUCGAGAAGAUCUGGUCUGAGAUAGUUAAUAAAGAUUGUGCUAUGUCUGUACUACAUCUCUGUCACAUGAGUGUUCUUCUGGAAACAGUAACCGGAAUGCAUGCAGAAAAUGGCUUGCUUUCACAUGGCUUGUGUGAAUCAAACUCUGCCAUAAGUGAUUUGAAGGAACACAAUUUUAGAACAAGGGAAGAAUUAGAAAUGUGCAGAAUCUUGAAAGGGAAACUGCUUGCUGAUAUCCAGAAUAGUUUUGAUCGCAUCACUAGGAAAGAAGUGGAAGCUGGAGAGAUCACCGUCAAGCUAAACAUUUUUGCUAAAAACUUAUCAGAUCUACAGCUUCAGGAGGAGAUGAUGCUGCAAAGGUCUAAUGAAAUGGGGUCCCAACUUGCUAUUUUGAUGAGGGAAUUGGAUCUGAGUAAUUCUGAUCUUGUGGUAUCCCUUUUAGAUCAAGAGAAACUACUGAAGCAGAGAGUAGAAGCCACUGAGUCUCAAGCUGAAUUUCUUAUGGCAGAUUGGUACGCCAAAGACUUUGAGUUACUCAUCCGUUCUUCUGAAUUCAGCAACGUGGCCUGUAAUAUAUCUGAUAUGGAGGAGCACUUUGUCAAGUACUCUACAAUAAUUGAACAGUUGAAGACAGAAACGAUAUUUUUCCGGGUAGAAACUGAGUUAGCAGAACAAAUUUUGAUGGAUAAGGAAGUUGAAGUUUCCCUUCUAAAACGAGAAGUUCAGCAGGAAAAAGUAGAAAAGGAAAACUUAUUGAUGGAAUUGAAGCAAAACAUCUUAAGGAUUACCAAGAUGGGUGAAGCAAGCAAGGCACUUGAACAAAAUAUUGAGCAUCUGAAGGAUGUUAGUUGCUCUAAUAUUGCAUUGAAGGAUGAACUUGUUGAAGUUAAGGAGUCAGAGAUAAGACUUUUGAAUAAGAUUCAAGAUCUUGAGGUUUAUUAUGAUAGAGCAAUUGGUGAUGUCAUAGAAAAGACCGUGGCUUCUGAAUUUGCUUCCCAUCAUAUUUUGUUUCUUGAAGAUCAAAUCAGAGAGUUACAGAGCAUAAGCGACAUAUUGGAAAGUUCAUGUUGCAAACUUAAGAAUGAGCUGCACCUAAGGGAUUCAGAGAUAGAAAGAAUACAAAGUUUGUUGCAACUUGAGUUAUCUAGAAAGGAAGAUGUAAUAAAAGGGUUGUUGUACGAUCUGAGCUUACUGCAGGAAUCUGCAUCUAUCAGCAAAGACCAAAAGGAUGAGAUGGAGGAAAUGAUGGCCACAAUGGAAGAUUUUGAAUCCGAGCUUACAGUUAAAUCUGGCGAGCUUGCUUCUGUAGCUGCAAAAUGUCAGUUGCUUGAAACUCAGUUAAUGGAUAAAUCAAACAGAGUUACAGCUCUUGAGUUGGACCUCUCAAAAGAGUGUGAGAUUGUAAAGUUGCAAGUCAGUGAAAUUCAUGAACUUAGAACUCAUAUUAAAGAUGCCUUGGUGGCAAGAAAACUGGCAGAGGAAGAGCUAAAAGAAAGAAAGAACAUAACAGAGAGUUUGGAGAAUGAAAUCUUGGAAAUGAGCAAUGUUCUUGGCCAAAUGAAUGAUUCAAUGAAAAACCUAAGUGUUGAUAGGGAUGCCCUAACUAUUCAGAGGGAUCAACUUCAGGGUCAGGUGAUUUUACUCAAAGAAAGGUUUGAAAAAGCUGCAGCACAAGCUGAAGCUAAUGAAGGGAUUGCACAAGAUGCUCAAAAGAUGGCUGAAGCAAGAAAAGUUUAUGCGGAAGACAAGGAAGCAGAGGUUGAACUUCUUGAGAGAUCUGUUGAAGAGCUGGAAAGUACCAUAAAUGUACUAGAAGAAAAUGUUGACUUCAUUAAAGGAGAAGCUGAACGACAACGGCUGCAAAGAGAAGAACUAGAAACAGAGCUAUGUGCAUUAAAAGAGCAGAUGCAAAAUCUACGAAAUGCUGAUGAUGAUACAAAAAGAUUUCUGGAUGGAAAAGAGAAAAGCCUUGAAGAAGCCCAAAAUCACAUACAGGUUCUGAAGAGUGAUAUUGCAGGAAAAGAUGCAGAGGUUGCACAAAUGAAAGCUCAUAUUUCAGAGCUUAAUUUGCAUGCUGAAGCACAGGCUAUGGAGUACAAGCAGAAAUUCAAAGCAUUGGAAGCGAUGGUCGAGCAAGUCAAACCUGAGGGCAUUUCCACGCAAUCCACCAAUGCUCUGUCAAACAAGUCUGAGAAGAAUGCGACCAAGUCUCGAGGUUCUGGUUCUCCUUUCAAAUGUAUUGGCUUGGGAUUGGCACAACAGGUAAAACAUGAAAAGGUUGAAGAGCUGUCUGCUGCAAAACUGCACAUUGAGGAACUAGAAUCUCAGGCAGCAUGUCGACAGAAAGAGAUAUUUGCACUGAAUGCCAGAUUAGCUACUGCGGAGAGCAUGACCCAUGAUGUAAUUCGGGACUUACUUGGAGUGAAGUUGGAUAUGACUUCUUAUGUGUCACUACUGGAUAAUCAUCAAGUUCAGAAGAUUGCAGAGAAAGCUCAAUUUCAUACUCUAGAACCUCAAGAGAAGGAACAAGAGGUUACUAAACUAAAGAGACAGCUUAAUGAAUUUAUUGAAGAGAGGAACGGAUGGUUAGAUGAUAUCAAUAGAAAACAAGCUGAGUUAGUAGCUGCACAGGAUGCAUUGGAAAACCUUCGGCAGCGACACCUGCCACUAAAAAACGAAAAUGAAUUGUUGAGGAUGGAAAAUGCAAGUAAGAUGAGUAAGGUAAUGGAACUGGAGGAAGAAAUCAAGAAGCUGUCGGGUCAGCAAAAUCUUCAGCAGCGUAUUCAUCAUCAUGCUAAAAUUAAGGAGGAAAACAACACAUUAAAGAUGCAGAAUGAACAACUCAGCGCAAAGUUACGCAGGUCAAAUCACUUCAUGUCACGUGUCCAAGAAGACAUUGCUCGCCUUCGUGCUUCUACAGGGUCGAAACAAUAUAUUGAUUUUGAUCAGGAGCAACGUCUGAGAAAAAUGGUGAAGGAGACUGAGGAAGAGAAAAUACAAUUAGCACAACAAUUACUGAGAUUGUCUACUAAUGUUCUAAAGGCUGCUGGAAUAGCAAAACCAGUGUCAGAAGUGAAUCCUACUGUUGCUGAAGAGGCCCUAGACAAGCUCAAGAAUAGGAUAACUUCCCUGGAAAUGGAACAAGAAGAUUUGAAGUUUAAGAAUAAAAUUAUGAAAGAAAAGAUUCGACUAUCUGAACUCAUGCCACAAGCUUCUCCUUUGAGCUCAAGAUCUGAAGAGAAUCGAAAAACUCCACCAAAGGCCAACAAAGCUUCAUUUCUUUCCAGUUUUGAUCGAUACUGAAGUUAGUUUUCAGAUAAUUAUUUGUUUCAUUAUGCUAUGUUUUAGCUAUUCACGCUUAUUCUUUGAUUAACAUGUAAAAAGAAACUAACAUGUACAUGUACUAUGUACAGUGUUUUUUUGGAACGGUGAUAUGUACAGUUAAAUUAAUGAGAAAUUGAUAUUGUUAAUAUAUAGAAGAGUUCUGUGGUACUUUGGGAAUGUAAA